AUGGGGCUUGCCAGCAGCAUUCCACCACAACUAGGAGACCUCUCCUUCCUUGUCUCACUCGACCUCAGACGCAACAAUUUCAGCGGCACUUUGCCUAUUGCGUCGCCUGAAAUUUAUUUCUGCGAGAGUGUUCUACCACAGGAACUUGGCAAACUUCAAAACCUGGUUGAGAUCAAUGUUGGAUGGAAUGAGAUUACGGGGGAAUUGCCCCUCAAUAUCUUCAAUAUCUCUUCUUCGCUAGUUCUAGACCUCUGGAGAAAUGAACUCCAUGGAAACCUCUCAGGAGAUGUCGGGAAUCUUACAAUGCUAACGGACUUGGUUCUCUCUGAAAACAGUUUCACAGGUGUUAUACCGAGAGAAAUUGGCCAACGUCUUUACCCAUUGGAGCUAGUUAUAUUAGGGCCCAAUAUGUUCACUGGUUCAAUUCUACCUGAGGUAUUUAAUAUCUCAACGCUUAUUCUUCUUUCAUUUUCAGUGAAUGGUUUGUCAGGCAACAAUCUAACAAUUGAAUCAUCAUCUGAAUUGAAUCAUCAUCUUCAGAAAAUAAAGGGUAGAAUUUCUGUUGAAACAGGCAAUUUGACAAACUUGAUAACACUUUCUUUAGACAACAAUGACCUGACAGGCAAUAUUCCACUUACUUUGAAGCAUUUGUUCAAGCUACAAGGAUUAUAUCUUGGAAACAGCUACAUUAAAGGUUCCAUUCCACAUGGCCUAUGUGAUUUGCACAGCUUGUCUGAAUUACUUGAAGGUCCAAUCCCAGUGUCCAUUGGGAGCAUGAUCGAUUUGGAAACUUUGGACUUCUCCCGCAAUAACCUCUCUGGUUCAGUGCCAAAAUCUUUGUAG